AUGCACGAGCGGAUAAAGAAGGCAGACUACGACCUGGUGGAGAGGGAAAAGUGCCUCAGCUUUCUGAGCAAAUUUAAAGAAAACUCAGCCGAGUUCGUCCAGCUGGACAUGUUCGACAGGCUGGAAACGAUAUUCAGCUCGCGCGAGUUUAUAAAAAAAAAAAAGGAAAGUCUUAAGGCAAAGAUAAAUAUCAUAAAGGCUAAGAUAAAAGACACGGAGGAGAAGUAUAACUUAGCCCUAAUGGAUAAAGAAAAGGAGUACAAAAAUCUCGUUGAGACCUCAGAAGGAGUCUUAAAAAAGGAAAAGGAGAUAGCGGAACAACUCAAGGAAAAAAUAAAUGAACACAACAAAAAUGCACUGCUCCUCUAUAAGAUAAUUUCAUGUGUCGAUAAUUUUUUGAGUCGUUUUUCUUCAUUCCUACCGGAGCUGCGUCAUUACAACGUUAAGAAGGACGAGGAAAAAAAGUACUCAAGAGAGAGCGAUCAUUAG